GUCUCAGCAUCCGACACGGUCGUCUUCCUUCGUAAACAUCGCCUUUCCUAACUCAUUUUGUUCGUUGUAGUUUUUAGUUUUUAACUCCGCCGUAUCCUCGCGUCUCUCGUGUAGAGGAGGAGGAAAAAAAAAAAAAAAGACCGCACGAACCAACCUAACCCAACAAUGGACGCGACGAACAAGAAGAGGCUGCAGGGGAAGGUGGCGAUCGUGACGGCGUCGACGCAGGGGAUCGGCUUCGCGAUCGCCCUCCGCCUCGGCCUCGAGGGCGCCGCCGUCGUCGUCUCCUCCCGCAAGCAGAAGAACGUCGACGACGCCGUCGGCGACCUCCGCUCCAAAGGGGUCGAAGCCACGGGCGUCGUCUGCCACGUCUCCAACCCCCAGCACCGGAAAGAUCUCAUCGACACCACCGUUCGGAACUAUGGACACAUAGAUAUAAUUGUGUCCAACGCUGCUGCUAAUCCAUCAAUUGAUAACAUCUUGAACACAAAAGAGUCAGUUCUUGAUAAACUUUGGGAGAUAAAUGUGAAGGCUACAAUCUUACUUCUUCAGGAUGCUGCAUCACACUUGCGCAAGGGAUCAUCCGUGAUCAUUAUAUCCUCUAUUGCUGGUUAUCAACCAGAGGCAUCACUGGCUAUGUAUGGUGUUACAAAGACUGCUCUUCUUGGGCUUACUAAGGCCCUUGCUGCUGAGAUGAGUCCGGAGACACGCGUCAACUGCAUAGCUCCUGGAUUUGUUCCUACACAUUUUGCUGAUUUCCUUACAACUAAUGAAGCCAUCCGGAAAAGCAUCGAAGAAAAAACUUUGAUGAAGCGGUUAGGAACCACAGAAGACAUGGCUGCAGCCGCUGCUUUUCUUGCGUCGGAUGAUGCUUCUUACAUCACCGCAGAAACCAUUGUGGUUGCUGGAGGAAUGCCGUCAAGGCUCUAGAUUCCCUUGAAACUGUUGACGAAUGCAUAUUGCCUCAUAUUUUCGCUUCUUCCCUUUUAUUUACAAAUAAAUUGUUUUCCGUUCCCAGUGGUAGAUGUGUACACCUCUCCAUUAUGGUAAAGGUAACUUUCGGAUAUAUUUGUGGAUGCAAUAAAUAUUUGUUCUGUAUAUCUAAGGUUUCAUAGUUAAAUUAUAGAUUACCCUACAUCUUUGUGGGUGGAAUUUGGACGUGGUCCCUAUGCUUUCCACUAGUUCCGAUUUGGUCCCUACUCAUUUACUAGAA